UUCACACGGCCCCUGGUGGGCUAGACCGCGGGGGCACGGUUCCGCGGGGUGCGCGAGUCGAGCCAAUGGCACUGGGCUGGUGCGAUGGGGCUGAGACAGAUGAAGAAAUCGCGGUGGGUUCCACCUUGGACAUCAGCGACCUCCCUGACCUGCCCAAGAGAGGUGCUGCCUUUUGGACCGAGCCGUUUAUGGGCAUUUGCGUGGUUGGAGUGCUGUGCUGCAUCCUCAUCGCGCUGACCUAUGGUGCCACUAGUACUCCCGAGGUCACGGGCCUCGGUCAGAUCGCAGUGACGCUCAUUUGGGCGGAGGCUGGGGUGGCGGUACUCAGCACUCUGUAUCUCCUCUUUGGCAAUGCCGGGGUGGUACACCGGAGCGAAAAGACGUGCUUUCCCAUCCCAGCAGAGGUGGAGCAAUGUCUCAAGCAGCAGCGAACGCUCGAGGGCUUGAAGAACGUCCCCGCCGGACAGGAGUAUCCAAUGCACGACUCCUACUGCGUGCGAUGCUGUCUUUGGAGACCUCGAAAUGCGGGGAAAGUUCAUCACUGCAACGUUUGUCAGCGCUGUGUUGUAGGUUUCGAUCAUCACUGCGGAGUCUUCGGAAGAUGCAUUGUAAGGGCCAACAUGCCCUGUUUCCUGGCCAACAUUGGCAUGAUGUUUGCCGGUAUGGUCACUGCCAUGCUCGCCCUAAUGUCCUCUGGGG